AUUAUCAUUUCACUAUAAGAAAAUAGGAUUUCAGAAACCGAUCUUUUUGCUGAGUAUAAAAUCGCUCAUCCCUCCCCUCGGCUGCCCUUUCAUCCAUGGCCAUGGAAGAAGACUUCGACGAAGCUGAAGUGCUAUGGCCCGACUCCACCACCGCUGCUGCCGCUGGUGACAAAUCCCCAUCCGCUAGUGGGGGGAUCAGGACCGCCCCACGGCAGGGAACUCGCCUAAUGACAUCGUCUUGCCCCGUCAAGAUCCCUUCGUCCCGCUCGAGAGCUUCCAACCUUAACGGCGGUUUCAUUGGCGGCGGCGGCUGUGUGGACGACGACAAAUACAACAGUGAUCCGCCGCACAUGGUGGUGGAGAGGAGAGACGCGGCGACGUCGGCCUCGCCGCCGGGGAUCGCCGGGAGAGAGAAGGGGCUGCAGCUCUGCCGAGUGAGGAACCAGGUGCUUCGGAUGACAGGAUUCAUCGAGAGAUGACGAUGCAAUAUAUAUUAUUGCCAUUUUGAUUUCCUUUUGUUUUCAACUACAGGCAGAAUUUACUCUGAACGAUUCCCUUUUAUGACUGAUGUUUUAUUGUUUA